AUGGAACCGCCAUUAUUACCAUCACUGCUGUUAAGUUUCGGCCUUUUCUUUACCGUUUUUCCAUAUUUUGUUGAAUCGCAAUCAUCUAACAUAAGUCCGCCACCGCCAUCGUCAGUUCCUCCUCCUCCGUCCUCUCCACCAUCACCUCCGCCAGUGCCUUAUCGGCCAUCGCCGCCUCCGGCAGAACACCACCAUCAUCGAACCAAUCAUCAUAGGUGGCGGCGGCCACCACAACCUUCACAUGAUCACAAGGUCAAUACGGGGCAAAGGCUUGGGCUUUUGUUCAUCGGCAUUGCUAUCAUCUUGCAAUUUGGUGUUGCCGGGUUCUUGGUUUUGAAGAGAUGA